AUGUCACCCGACAGAGGCAGCGAAGCCGAUGCGCCCUCGCAACGGCCUCAUCAUGCCACCGAUGGAAUGCGUCUGCUGCCCGAGGGUCGGCACUUUACGGUGCGCGGCGUCGCCGUCGGACUUCUGGUUGGCCUCGUCAUCUGCUUCUCCAACAUGUACUUUGGCCUGCAGACGGGCUGGGUCUCCAUGAUGACCAUGCCGGCGAGUCUGCUGGGCUUCGGUAUCUUCCGCACCCUGGCGCCGCAUCUCAAGUUCCCGUUUAGCCCGGUUGAGAACGUCCUGGUUCAGUCCGUUGCCGGCGGCAUGGCUAUCAUGCCACUCGGCUGCGGCUUUGUCGGCGUGUUGCCGGCUAUGGAGUAUCUGCUCAGCUCGGAGGAGCAAGGGCCCAUAUCCUUGAGCCUAUGGAAGCUCAUGGUCUGGUCACUGGGAUUGUGUUACUUCGGCGUCGUCUUUGCCGUCCCUCUCCGGCGCCAAGUCAUCAUCAGGGAGAAACUCAAGUUUCCGAGCGGCUUCAGCACAGCCGUGCUUAUUGGUGUGCUUCACGGGAAGAACCAGCCCAAGGGCGGCAUGGUGCUGGAUCCGUCCAGGGCGGACACCUUCGGCAGCCUCGCGCUGGAGAACCGACCUCUUCUCGAGUCCGAGGAUGCCAACGACGGUAAUGAGACAACUCCAGCCCCAGCUACGACAGCUGAUGAAGAAUCGCUGGCACAGCCGUACAGCUGGGGGGCAAACAUCAAGUUGCUUCUCAUUACUUUUGGCAUCUCGGGGUUUUACACACUUUGUACGUACUUUUUCCCCGUGCUGCGGAGUCUGCCUAUUUUUGGCACUUAUGCCGCCAGUACCUGGCUCUGGGAUCUCAACCCGAGCCUUGCCUAUGUCGGUCAAGGAAUAAUCAUGGGGCCGGCAACAACGUUGCAUAUGCUGUUGGGGGCGGUGGUUGGCUGGGGCAUUCUGUCACCGCUUGCCAAACACAUGGGAUGGGCACCCGGCCCCGUGAGCGACUGGGAGACCGGCAGUAAGGGCUGGAUUGUGUGGGUUUCCCUGGCCAUCAUGCUCGCAGACUCCGUUGUUAGCUUGAGCUACAUUGCCUUCCGGCCGUUGGUCCAAAACGCACCCUCUUACGUAGCGUCUGUCCGGCAGAAGCUUCAGCACGGUUCUGUCAAGGGUCUCUUCCGUUCUCAGUCGACUGGCUACACAGCUGUGAGAAUGAGCGAGGAUGACCCAAGAGACUCUACCGCCGGACGCAAUUCGCUCUCGCAGCUGCUUCCAAACCCCACGUUCCAGCAGGACGACGACCAUGAGCUGAGAGAAUGGGAUCAAGAUGAUGCGCCGCCCGAGCAACUUGUUGGCAGCAAAACCGUGAGCAUUGGACUGGUCCUCUCCAUCCUCAUCUGUGUGGCCAGCAUUCACAUCACGUUUGGCGACCUUGUGCCUCUCUACGCAAACAUCAUUGCGAUUCUAAUGGCCCUCGUGCUGAGCAUCAUGGGCGUGAGGGCGCUCGGAGAGACGGAUCUGAACCCCGUAUCCGGAAUCAGCAAGCUGGCGCAGCUGUUCUUUGCCCUUAUAAUACCGCAAUCAAACAAGGCCAGCGUGCUUAUCAAUUUGGUCGCCGGCGCGGUCUCGGAAGCCGGAGCCUUACAGGCCGGCGAUCUCAUGCAGGACCUCAAGACGGGGCAUCUCCUAGGUGCGGCACCGAAUGCGCAGUUCUGGGGCCAGGUCAUUGGCGCCACGGUGGGCGCCGUCGUAAGCGCCUUGAUCUACCGUCUCUACACGGCCGUGUACCAGGUCCCCGGAGACCUCUUUCAGGUGCCCACGGCGUACGUAUGGAUCUUCACGGCACGUCUCGUUACGGGACAAGGUCUGCCGCCUCUGGCUCGGGAAUGGGCCAUUGGCGCGGCCGUCCUCUUUGCCUUUUUGACUGCCCUGCGCACCAAGGGCCUGGGCAAGUCGUGGCAGGUAUACGUCCCAGGCGGUAUCGCUGUGGCUAUCGGCAUGUACAACGUCCCGUCCUUUACUCUCGCUCGGACUAUUGGCGGCCUGGUGAGCUGGUACUGGAGACAGCAUCUGAAGAGGGAGGACACGCCAUUGAUCGUGUUGGCUUCUGGAUUCGUUCUCGGAGAAGGCUUUCUGAGCAUCGUCAACCUUAUCCUGCAGAGCGCUCGGGUCCCACAUUUAUAG